UCGGACCGGCAGCACAUCGUCGAGGCGAACGUGUCGUGUGCCGUCGUUAUCGUCGCCGACGAGUCGCGCCGUGUUCAUUGUCGUCGACGUCGCGUCGUGUUCAUUGUCGUCGACGUCGUGUCGUUGGCGUAUUUCUUCCGAAUUUUUGGAAUCCAAAGAGCUCUCCGAGUCUCGGGAAGGGUAGACGGGUCUCUCGGUCGAGGUACUCAUACGGCCGACCGAGACGAGAUCCGUGCUUCGCACCGUGGCUCUCGAUACACGGUUCGCGUAUCGUUUCACCCUCGCGAGAGAACUUCCGUGAGUGCGACGAAUGAGGUACGACAUAGAUCGAGGGUGAGAGAGAAAAAGGGGAACCUAGAUCUGGAUCGUCGAGGGUCGCCUGCGUUCGGAGAUCGUUGGCUGGUUCGGUCGCCACGAUAACCGGGUAGAUUCGCGAGGGUGCGAGCUGUGGACGAUCACCGUAGUAUGAGAGAAGAGCGGCACGCAGCGAGAAGGUCACGGAGGGAGGUCGGAAAGAGCCCAGUGCCGUAGCAUGCCGGCGAGCUGCAGCGGGUGGUGGGGCGUCUCUGAGAGAGAGCGUCGAUCGGCGUCGUCGGACGUCUGCACGGACGUCUGCGUGACCGGCCAGGGUCCAGAGAAGCGUGCCUACGCGAGUUUACCGCGAGGAAGAGGAAGAGGCGGAGGAGGAGGCGGAGAGGUCGGGAUAAAAGGGAGCAAGCGGAAGCGGCGAAGAAGGGGUAGGAUAAGAAGAAGAGAAAGGGGAGGAAGGACGGAGGCGAUCUCUGGUCACAGGAGAGACCGAUGAGCGCGGGGGGGGAUGGGGGCUCGGGUUUGGGCCCCCCUGAGCUGCCAGGGGCCCAGCCAACUGCCGCGACCCCCCCCAUCCUCGGGCAGCACCAUGACCCUCAAACUGCCCAGGACGGACAACCGGCCACCGCGCAGUCACAAACGAUCGGGACCACCACCGGCGCCGCCAAGUCCGCCCCUAAGAGGCCCGCGCGCAGGGGCGGCAAGGCGCCGCCCGACAGACCCGUCAGAGCCCUUUUCUGUUUACCCCUUAAAAAUCCCAUGCGCAAAAUGUGCAUCGACGUCGUCGAAUGGAAACCUUUCGAGUGGCUCAUUCUCUUCACGAUAUUCUCGAACUGCGUCGCUCUGGCAGUCUACACGCCGUACCCCUACGGCGAUUCUAAUUUGACCAAUCAGUAUUUGGAAAAAAUAGAGUAUAUAUUUCUUGUGAUUUUUACGGCCGAGUGCGUCAUGAAGAUCAUUGCUUACGGCUUCGUGGCUCAUCCGGGCGCUUAUCUCCGAAACGGGUGGAACAUAUUAGAUUUCUCGAUAGUAGUGAUAGGAAUGGUGAGCACGGUGUUGUCGAUACUGAUGAAAGAAGGCUUCGACGUGAAAGCGUUGAGGGCUUUCCGAGUGUUGCGACCUCUCAGGCUGGUCUCCGGUGUACCAAGUCUUCAAGUGGUCCUAAACUCUAUUUUGAGAGCGAUGAUACCCCUCCUCCACAUCGCUCUGCUGGUUCUGUUCGUCAUCAUUAUUUACGCCAUCAUCGGCCUCGAACUGUUCUCUGGGAAAAUGCAUAAAACGUGCAGGCACAACAUCACCGGUGCGCUGAUGGAGGAUCCGGUGCCCUGUGGGACCGGCGGCUAUCAGUGCGAGAACGAGGGGCCCGGUUACAGUUGCAGCAAGCAAUUCUGGGACGGUCCCAAUUGGGGUAUCACUAAUUUCGACAAUUUCGGUCUGGCCAUGUUGACGGUCUUCCAGUGCGUCACGCUCGAGGGAUGGACCGACGUCCUCUACAGCAUCGAAGACGCGAUGGGAAGCUCGUGGCAGUGGAUCUAUUUCAUCUCCAUGGUCAUACUCGGAGCCUUCUUCGUCAUGAACCUGAUUCUCGGUGUGUUGUCCGGCGAGUUCUCCAAAGAGAGAGAGAAAGCGAAAGCGAGGGGUGACUUCCACAAGCUCCGGGAGAAGCAGCAGAUCGAGGACGACCUACGGGGUUACUUGGAUUGGAUCACGCAAGCCGAGGACAUCGAGCCGGAGACCGACGAACGGAGGAUGCAGGACGGAGAAGCGAAUCAGCAGAACGAGAUGGAGAGCACGGGUCAAUUAGAGGGUGACGAGGAAGGGGUCGAACAGGAAUCCGUUUGGAAGAGGAAAAGGCGAGAUUUCGACAGAGUAAACAGAAGAAUGAGGCGGGCCUGCAGAAAAGCCGUCAAGUCGCAGGUCUUUUAUUGGCUAAUCAUCGUUUUGGUGUUUUUAAACACCGGUGUUCUGGCCACCGAACAUUAUAAUCAGCCGGCCUGGCUGGACGAUUUUCAAGAAAUCACGAACAUGUUUUUCAUCGCUCUCUUCUCCAUGGAGAUGAUACUGAAGAUGUACAGUCUAGGAUUUCAAGGUUACUUCGUGUCGUUGUUCAAUCGCUUCGAUUGCUUCGUCGUGAUCGGCUCGAUCACCGAGAUGAUUCUCACCAACACUCACGUGAUGCCACCGCUCGGCGUUUCCGUUCUCCGUUGCGUCCGGUUGCUCAGGGUAUUUAAAGUGACAAAGUAUUGGAGAUCGCUGUCGAAUCUAGUGGCUUCUCUGUUGAACUCGAUACAAUCGAUCGCGUCCCUGUUGCUCCUCCUCUUUCUGUUCAUCGUAAUUUUCGCCCUUCUGGGCAUGCAGGUAUUCGGUGGGAAAUUUAACUUCACCGAUCUGCAGGAUAAGCCUCGUCACAAUUUCGACAGUUUUUGGCAGAGUCUGCUGACCGUCUUUCAAAUAUUGACCGGUGAGGACUGGAACGCCGUUAUGUACGAUGGUAUCAGAGCGUACGGCGGUGUCUCGAGCUUUGGAAUGCUCGCCUGUUUCUACUUCAUCAUUCUCUUCAUUUGCGGCAACUACAUACUGCUGAACGUGUUCUUGGCCAUCGCCGUGGACAAUCUCGCGGACGCUGAAUCGUUGACUGCCAUCGAAAAGGAAGCCGAGGAAGAGGCGGAGAAGAAUAAAUCUCACAGUGGCUCGCCGAGCAGAGACGAGGUCAGCGGUGAACAUGGUGACGAUGACGGAGGUGAUGGUACUGGGGCCGAGGACGAAGGCGGUGGGACCGAGCACGAUCCCAACGAGACGAUGGAAGAUUACGAAGCGGCCGUCGACACCGAAACAUCGGAGAAGAGCGACGACAUGAACGGUCACGCCAAAGUGCGAUUGAACGUCGAGUCCGACGAGGAAGCCGAGGAAGAGGAGGACAUCGAACCGAACGAGAUGCACGACGAUGGCACGGACCAAGGCGUUUCGGCCAGGCCACGGAGAAUGUCCGAGUACAGCAUGGCUACGAAGACCCAGCCGAUCCCGGCCGGCUCCGCCUUCUUCAUAUUUUCCCAGACGAACAGAUUCCGAGUGUUUUGCCACUGGCUCUGCAAUCACAGCUACUUCGGCAACGUGAUCUUAGUUUGCAUAAUGAUAUCCUCGGCGAUGCUGGCGGCCGAGGACCCACUCAGCGCUUUGUCUUAUAGGAAUCAGAUCUUACUGAAGUUCGACUAUUUUUUCACCACGGUGUUUACGAUUGAGAUCUGCUUAAAAAUGAUCUCGUACGGUUUCAUAAUACACGACGGCGCGUUCUGUCGAUCGGCAUUCAACUUGUUGGAUCUGCUCGUCGUGUGUUCGUCUCUCAUCUCCAUGUCUUUCAGUUCGGGAGCGUUCUCCGUCGUCAAGGUUCUUCGUGUGCUACGCGUGUUGAGGCCACUGCGCGCCAUCAAUCGUGCCAAAGGACUGAAGCACGUAGUACAGUGCGUCAUCGUAGCGGUAAAGACUAUCGGAAACAUAGUCCUCGUCACCAGCCUCCUGCAGUUCGUGUUCGCCGUCAUUGGCGUACAACUGUUCAAGUACGUAGUCAAGUGUGUGAUUGUCGCCAUUAAAACGAUCGGCAACAUAAUGUUGGUCACCUAUCUCCUACAGUUCAUGUUCGCUGUUAUCGGGGUACAGCUGUUCAAGGGGAAAUUUUCCUAUUGUACCGAUGCAUCGAAAAUGACGAAGGAAGAAUGCCAGGGCACGUAUCUCGAGUUCGAUGACGGUAACAUCAACAAGCCCGUGACGAAGGAGAGGAACUGGUGUCAGAACCGUUUCCACUUCGACGACGUCGCCAAGGCAAUGCUCACGCUGUUCACCGUGUCUACUUUCGAGGGAUGGCCAUCAUUGCUGGACGUGUCGAUCGACUCGAACAAGGAGAAUCACGGGCCGAUUUACAAUUUCCGGCCGAUAGUGGCUGCGUACUACAUCAUCUACAUAAUUAUCAUAGCAUUCUUCAUGGUGAACAUCUUCGUCGGUUUCGUUAUCGUCACUUUCCAGAACGAGGGUGAGCAAGAGUACAAAAACUGCGAGCUCGACAAGAAUCAGCGGAACUGCAUCGAGUUCGCGUUAAAAGCGAAACCAGUGCGACGGUACAUACCCAAGCAUCGAAUACAGUACAAAGUCUGGUGGUUCGUCACGUCGCAGCCGUUCGAAUACACCAUUUUCACUCUGAUCAUGAUCAACACGGUGACUUUAGCAAUGAAAUUUUACCGUCAACCGGAGAUCUACACGGAAGCGUUAGACAUUCUUAACAUGAUCUUCACGGCGGUCUUCGCGUUGGAAUUUAUCUUUAAGCUGGCGGCCUUUCGAUUCAAGAACUAUUUCGGAGACGCUUGGAACGUGUUCGACUUCAUCAUCGUUCUCGGAAGCUUCAUCGACAUCGUCUACUCCGAGGUCAACCCCGGCUCGUCCAUCAUCUCCAUCAACUUCUUUCGCCUGUUCCGCGUGAUGCGCUUGGUCAAGUUACUGAGCAGGGGAGAGGGUAUCAGAACGCUUCUCUGGACGUUCAUCAAAUCUUUUCAAGCUCUGCCAUACGUAGCUCUGUUGAUCAUAAUGCUCUUUUUCAUUUACGCCGUGAUCGGCAUGCAGGUGUUUGGGAAGAUCGCGAUCGACGACGAGACGUCGAUCAACAGAAAUAACAAUUUCCAAUCUUUCCCACAAGCCGUGCUAGUUCUGUUUCGAUCUGCCACGGGCGAGGCGUGGCAAGAGAUCAUGAUGGACUGUACCGCGCAAGAGGACAAAGUAAAGUGCGAUCCGGCCAGCGACGAAACGGGUCCCACUUGCGGAUCCAAUAUUGCAUUUCCCUAUUUUAUAUCUUUCUACGUUCUGUGCUCGUUUCUUAUCAUCAAUCUGUUCGUCGCCGUGAUCAUGGACAAUUUCGAUUACUUAACGAGGGACUGGUCCAUCUUGGGUCCCCACCACUUAGACGAGUUCAUCCGUCUCUGGUCCGAGUACGAUCCCGACGCGAAAGGUCGCAUCAAGCAUCUCGACGUGGUCACCCUCCUUAGAAAGAUAUCCCCUCCCUUAGGUUUCGGUAAACUCUGUCCACAUCGCGUAGCGUGCAAAAGGCUGGUGUCGAUGAACAUGCCGUUGAACAGCGACGGGACAGUCUUGUUCAACGCCACGCUGUUCGCCGUGGUGAGAACGUCGUUGAGAAUAAAAACCGAAGGGAACAUUGACGACGCGAACGCGGAACUUCGAGCGGUGAUCAAGAAGAUCUGGAAGAGGACCAGCCCCAGGCUUCUGGAUCAAGUGGUACCCCCACCUGGAGGCGACGACGAAGUGACCGUUGGCAAGUUCUACGCGACCUUCUUGAUCCAGGACUACUUCAGGAGGUUCAAGAAGCGCAAAGAGCAAGAAAUGAAGGACGGGGACAAGGAAUGUCACAACACCGUCACGCUUCAGGCUGGUCUGAGAACUCUUCACGAAGCUGGACCCGAGCUGAAGAGGGCUAUCUCCGGGAAUUUGGAAGAGUUGCUCGACGACAACCCGGAACCGAUGCACAGGAGGAAUCACUCGUUGUUCGGUAGCGUUUGGUCGAGCAUGAAGAAGGGGCAUCACGGUUUCAAUCGAGCCAGGUCGUUGAAGAUAAACUCGGCGAGCAAGGCGUCACCGACCAACUCCAUCGACUUCCUACCGUAUUCGUCGCUUCAGCGAGGAGCAGGGCACGACGCGCCGAAUCAGAUCACCGCCAGGUCUCAUCAGGUCGUGCCGAACGUGGCAGGCGGUUUGAGCGACAGCGCGAUGAAUCAGAUGGGUAUCGAGCCGAAGCUGACCGGGAUCGAGGAGAGUAUACCGCUGAGGCCGUUGGCUGUGUUCGGGAAUCCCGUCCAGUCGCAACCGUAUCGCCGUCAUCAACCCUACCAACAGCAGCAGCAGCAACAGCAGCAUCAUCAUCAUCGUCAUCCGUACAAAGUGGUCGACGGUCCAGGUAGCGGUAACUACCUUCAUCCGAAUAGUGAAUAUGUUUCCUGGGCCGGAGAGAGUAACGGAACCAUCGGCGCAGAGCGCCUGUCCCACAGUUUGCCGGGUAGUCCAGCCGACCGGAAGCCCAACUUCGAGGUCAUCGGCAGCGCGGAGAGCUUGGUCGGUCGGGUGUUGGUCGAGCAAGGAUUGGGCAAGUACUGCGAUCCGGAUUUCGUGAGGUACACGUCGCGGGAGAUGCAGGAAGCCCUGGACAUGACCAGCGAAGAGAUGGACCGAGCGGCUCACCAACUACUUUUGCAAGAACGUCGCGGCCAACCGCUGUCGUACCAGCUGCAACAAGGGAUUGAUCAGCAAUGGACGCCGGUGUACCCCGGGAACCAACAGCCGACCGGUAUCGGCUACCAGCCGCUGCAGGAGCAGCAACAACAGCCCGGCCCGCCGCGACGUUAUUACCGCGGCGACGGGCAAUCGGCAACGACUUCGGACCAAUCGACUCGACAGCAGCAACCUCCACCUUCUUAGCGGUGCGAUCAUCGUCCCUAGAUCGCGUGUUCCUAGCUUGUGCCAUCGCGUGUGACGAACUUUGUUGCAGCUUUUACGGAACAGACACGCUGCAUGGUCGAAUCCGAUCGCCGGAAACGAGUUCAAGAAAGAGAGAGAGAGAGAGAGAGAGAGAGAGAGAGAGAGAGAGAGAGGGAGUGCGUGAGAGAGUGAGUGCGAGGGAGCGAGAGCGAAAGGGAAACGCGAGCAAUAACGACCGUAAGCGGAAGUCAGCCGACGUAGGAUACGCGUAUAGUAUAAGUGGGUACAAGAUGUAUCAGGACCAGGACGUUAAUUCCAAAAGAAUUGCUCGUUCGCGUUUCGAACGGCUAGCUCUACAUAGGUAAGUAGGUGAACUCUUUGUGCUCUCCUUCUCGUCGUACACAAUUAUUCCUUCGAAUCACCGUUCCGUACGAUGUAAACUCGUUAUUGCCCUUCGUACGAUGGAUCACUAGACGAGAUAACAAGUGCCUAAGUAUCUGUAACUUCUUUCGGACCAGAGCAGACGUUUAUCGACUUGGACAAAGUACUGACAUUCGUAGUAUUACCGCGCGUCGAGCGUGCACCGUGCACGCCGUGGUGUCGUAAGCAUCGUGACACACAUACGAAUAUUAAUAUUAUAGAUGCACGCGUAUCAUCAUCGUUCGUCGCGUGUCAUCGUACAUACGCGGCCCCACUCGACACGAGGACGAGUGACUCGCUCCGUUGCAUUUGCCAGAUUCACGAGUGUAAUUGCACUGGUGCACGGAAAAGAUUCGUUCGUAAUUUCGCUCUCCGCCUGGCAAGGGCGAAUCUUCUCUUCCAGAGAAACGCCGCGUGUCGCUCGCGCGUCGAUCUUUUCUAUCGAAUGUUCACCGUUCCGACCAUUUUAUCCGGCCCUUUUUCCCUUUUUUCGACUCGCAAUUUUUACGAUCCACUGUGUGCACACACACACCUGUAUAUUCUUGUAGCCACGCGCGGGAGGACGUGCGAGUGUUUGCGUGUGCGAGAAACUUGUGACGAUCGCGCGACGGUGCUCUCGUUUACGUGACAAGAAUUUUGAUUUUUGAUCGAUCGGCAUCGGAUUCGAUCGGUACGACUGAACGGUGAACAGAUGGGGGGACACGCGAGAAACUGGAUCCAGACGUCCGAUGGUCGCGUGGUUCUGUGGACGUCCCACCGAACAAUUAAUUGUGUCAUCUCCGAAUACGUUAUCGAACGAACAGAUAUCGUUUACACUGUCUCGACAGACGGACAAUAAUUUUAACCGACGGCAUUUCUCAGAACCACGUUCGCUACUCUUUGUAUCGCAUCUCCUUUCGAUUCUGUAUAACGCGUUCUUGCUUCGGCCGGGUCGUGCGUACCAUAAGCGAAUUAAAUCAGCCGUAAGCGGUUCCACGCACGUCCGACCUUUCGGUUUUCACCGAGUCCCGAUCACGGCUCUUUCUUUCGUUCACGCGCAUCGGUGCGACUCGAGAUCGACGGCCAAUCUUUUACGAUUAGAUAUACAAUUAGGAGACGUACAUACACGUAAACGUUAAUGCGUAUAAUACGUACGUACGUGGCGUAAGAAGUACGCGAGUCAACAAGGGAACCAAACAGAACUAAAACGUUAUUUAAAAAUUUCAAGAGAAACGAAUAAAUCGACGUACGCGUCCUCCUUUCUAGAGGUAACCAAUUCGUCGUAACGAUAACGAUAUAGAUUACGAUUAGGCGUUAGGUAGGUGGUGUGUGUGAGGAGCCCCGACGUAGUCGGAAUCGUAGAAACGCGUUCCAAAUCACAAGUACGUACGCAACAAUUUAAAAAUCUACUCGCGCGUUAUACGUGUAAGUUAAAUAGUCGACUUUUCGUACUCGUUUUUCCAGCGUCUUUUUAACACGAUUAUGUCUAUAGCGAUCUUUUUAUACUGUUGUAAAGUGGUGUUUACACUGAUCCGUAUAGAAUGUAGAGGAGGACAAAUUCUUACCGUAAUUACCAUACGUACCGUCGAAUUAACGACGAUUCGAUCGUCGCUUAAAUAUUUAAUAGACGCGUUUAGGGAGACCAACGUUUUCUACAUGUAUGUCUAUGUUACGAGACUGAUCAUCGUCGAAGCGCGCGGCUUCUGUGACGCGACGGCUUGGUACAUCGGUGUCGGUAGUAUCUACCGUCUACCUAUGUACUUUGUUUUCGCGAUUCGACGCAAAAUUUCACCGAUCCUCCCGAUGCCUUCCUUUUCGGUCUCGCCGGCAAUCCUCCACACUUUGCGAAUACACGACCAUCGAUCAGGAUCAAACUAGCUGACCGUAUCAUCGUUAUCAGUGUCUCCCCGUUCCUCUACUCUCUUUUAUUUACAUAAUUGGUCUUUGGGUUUGCUUCGACUUGGACCAAAAGAACAAACAACUGAAACGUCCGAGUCUUGCUCUUUACGCGCGACACCACGACUUUGGCACUCACACACGCUACUCGCUCGCACCCUUUCUUUUCUUAUUACGAUCUUUGAUACGGUACCAAAAUACUUGACUUUUCACGAAGGCGAUCGACGUUUGCGUGAACGGAAAGAAAACACAAUUUCUCUUCCGCAUUUCAUUUUCUACACAUUUCAUUGUCUCGCGCGUUUAGAUGCCGGUUCCGAUUCUUUUUCUGUUUUUUUUUAGUUUUCUUAUUGCUCCAUCUAGCCGUUGUAUACUAGAAUGUAUAAUAGAAAUAGCAGUCUUUUCGAGGAACGAUACGAGAAUCUUGUGUACGCGCACGAUUAUUUGUACUUUAAUAUACUUGCAAUGCGAACAAUACGAUUACGCACAAUUAAACGAGUAUUCGGAUCGUCUAUGCAAUAACGUCGAGAGUAAAAUCAAUCGAACAGACGUACAAUUAAACUGUUGCUUUGGACGCGUACUGUCCGUGGCAGUAUUAUUUGUACGUUUUUGAGAUCUGUCGAUGAACGUCUCGGACGUAUGCGUCCUACUUGGCAGUCGGGGGACCAGGCUCGUCGCGUUCAAAGAGAUAAGGACGGACAUUAUAAAAUGUUUACGCGUACCCGAGUCUCGUUACUCUGCUCAUAGUCGAUAUUUUACAAAGUUAACUGUGUAAGAUCCGCGACCCUGAGAUGCACAACAAACGGACACGCACACGAUAUACUGCCGUUUUCCUUUUCGAUUUCCGCCGCUCCACUUUUGCUUCCUAUUCGUUAUUUAUAUAUAUAUAUAUAUCCCGUCGAGAACCUUUUCCUUUCGAUUGCGAGUACGUAAUAACAUCAGUUGAAUGGCGAACGAAAGCGACGUAAAAAUAACAUCCGAAUGUCCUGCUUCUUCGGAAUGAAAACGAGUACACACGUGUAUAGGUGAAGCGAGCGUGCGAUCGCACGGUACGAGAUGGUCGGUCACGCGCAUUCUGAUAUUGUCUCUGAAAGUGAAUGAGAAGAAAAAUGUGUGUGAAGACGAGGCUGAAGAUUCCGAAAUCGACGUAGCCGUCAGGCUUAUUGUAAUUGUAAACGUCCCUUCUGUUUUUCGACACGCGAAAGAUCACGAUGUCCAACGCUUGUUUAUUCGAAACCCUGAGAGGUCCUCUCGACCGAUGUGAUAUUCAAACUCUGAUCGAAAUACUAAAACCAGGUCAGAGUCGUUCGAACGAUAGACAGAUCGUCGACAAACAUUUCGACAAUGUUGCGUUAAUUGUAAGGAGUCUGGCGAGAACGAGGAAGGAACUGCAUGGACAGUAUUCGCUAAAUAGAAGGGAACUAACAGAAAAAAAAAUUUGUUGUUGUUAAUGUUGUCAAAAAUGUGUCAAAUUAAAAAUAUAAGGAUUUCAAACGA